GGAGGAUUGUCCUCACAGGAACACCUCUUCAGAAUAACCUCAUUGAAUACCACUGCAUGGUUAACUUCGUGAAGCCCAAUCUACUUGGAACAACCAGAGAGUUCAAGAACAGAUUUGUCAACCCAAUCAGCAAUGGACAAUGUGUUGAUUCGACACCCAGAGAUCACAAGAUUAUGAAACGCCGUGCCCACGUUCUACAUGAAAUGUUGGUUGGAUGUGUUCAGAGGAGGGACUAUUCUGCAUUGACCAAGUUCCUACCCCCGAAACAUGAGUAUGUAAUAUCUGUGAGAUUAUCUGAAGCACAAAUCAAAUUAUACGAGGAGUACCUUAGGAUCAACUUGAACACAAAUCCUGACGGCAAGAUCAUAU